AUGGUUGCAUUAACUGAUGAUGAUGGCAGGCUAUCGCUCAUGCGUUUCAGGAUACUUCGCACCUUUAUUAUUGCGGCCAUUUUGGCCGGCUGCUUCCUGACCUGGAGGUUCUUCUCUCCCCAACGACCACAAUGGCCAUCCUGGGAGGUCGGAGUAAAGAGCGUCCAGGAUGGCGCCUCCUUGAGCAAGUCAUCAUACGAAGCAUUAAAGAGCAGCUUCACCGUAGGAGCAAACGCCGCAGAAGGGAAAGUGAUGGACAAGCUGAUGCCUCAGUCACUCAAAAGGAAGAAAGUUGUCAUGGUCACCGGUAGUUCUGGGACGAAUCGCAUGCUCGGGAUACCACACAUCAAAGAGAUGAUCUACGAAAACCGAAAGUCAUACGCCGAGAUGCACGGUUUCGAUUUCAUGUGGGCAAACAUGACGAGCUACAACUUGCCUAACGGCGAGCAGAUCUACUGGAACAAGAUCCCCGUUCUCAAAGAAGCUUUCGCACGCUACCCGGAGGCUGAAUGGGUAUGGUGGAUGGAUAUCGACAUCAUAAUCAUGAACAUGACCCUCGACAUCUACGACCACGUCCUAUCCAAGGAGGGAAUGGCACGCAAUAUCCUUCUUGAUCGCAAUAUGACCGGUGCAGGCGGUCGGGUGACUGGCUACAGCACCCCAGCUACCUAUAGGCACGACGACAUUAACUUUGUCAUCUCGUUGGACUCGUGGGGUAUGAACGUGGGCAACUUCCUGAUGCGCCGGGGCGAGUGGAGCAAAUGGUUGCUAGAUCUGUGGAUUGAGCCGCUCUACAUCUCUCAGAACUGGGUGUUUCCAGAGAACGAUGCAUGGACGCAUAUGUGGCAGUACCACAAUAUUGUUCGGGAUCAUGCGGCGGUCACGACUCAACGCUCGAUGAACGCGUAUCCGGAUUACAAUAGACUCGGGGAGAACUGGCAGCCGGGUGACCACAUCGUUCACUUUGCGGGCUGUGGUGGGGAUGCCAUAUGCGAGCAAAAGUGGAACCAGUAUUGGAAUAUGCGCGAGAAAAUUGAAGUACCGAUGUCUGUUCGGAGGAAGUUGGAACAUGGCGCAGCUGAGAUUGAAAAUGUCCAAGCUGGUGUCGGCUUGCCGUGA